AAUGAAGCACUCCUUGUGUUGGUCUGAACACUUUUGCAAUGCACUGUAAAACAGCAAAAAUCAGAAACAAAUGGAAUGAAACACAUAAAGGAUAAUAAACAAAUGCUUCCAGAAUGCAGCCCCCAGCUAAUCAGAUGAAAAUAAACAGUUUUGUUUAUUUUUGUCUGAUAAACAGAGGGAAAAAUUAGUCUGAUUGGAUUGAAUUGGGAGCAUUUCUUAUCUCCUUGGGGAAAUAGAAUAAAAUAUAAAAUAUGGAAACUUAAACACACUAAUUUUACCCCAUAUAUCGGGCUUAAAAUGAUGAAAGAAAAUUCUUGACUUUUCAAGACUGUGUAUAUUAACCCCGAUUACAGAACCGUAUGGCUUCACGGUUGGUGGAUCUUUGAGUUUGACUCCCUUCCAGAUGGUGGCGCUGAAGAGAUGAGCCGUGAGAGCAAAGACAAGAGGAAGCGCGACAUUUCUGUUUGUGGCGCAAGUAGCUAGCUAAGCUAACACGUUUCGUUACCAAGAAUGGCAACGUCCAAGAAGGGGAAAAAAGUAGUAAAUCAAGAAGAACUCCGGCGGUUGAUGAGGGAGAAACAACGGCAGAACACGGAGAAGAAACGCGUGGAAUCUCCCUUCGCCAAAUACAACAGUUUGGGUCACCUCAGCUGUGUCCUGUGCUCCGUGCAGGUGAAGUCUGAACUUCUGUGGCCAGCUCAUGUUCUGGGGAAGCAGCAUAAAGACAAGGUUGCAGAGUUGAAAGAAGGAAAGAGCCAACCAGCUGUAUCACAAAGUCACCCUGUAAAAAGGAAAACACAGGACAGCGUGGAAGUUGUUGGGAAAAAGGCCAAACCAGCAGGUCAGUCUGAGUCGGGUUUGCCUGGAGACUUUGAGAAGCCUUCCGAAAAGGCGACUGCUUCCACACAGAAAUCUGCAGGACUGAGCCUCUUAGGAGGAGUUUACGACGAGGACGACGAUGAAGACGCUGAUGAAGCCGACGUCCCAGCGCAGCCCGCUAAAGAGCUGCCAGCUGAUUUCUUUGACAGCUCCAUCCCACCCACGCCUGCCAUUUCCCACUCGGGAUCUAUCCUCAAAGCAGACGCCCCGGAGAAGACCCCCGAAAAGAAAGACAACACAGCCGAGGCGCUGCCCGAGGGCUUCUUUGACGAUCCGGUCAGAGACGCCAAAGUGCGGAACGUCGACGCCCCGAAAGAUCAGAUGGACAAGGAGUGGGAAGAGUUUCAGAAGGAGAUCCGACAGGUGAACACCAAGUCUGAGGCCAUCGUGGCAGAGGACGAUGAAGAGGGACGUUUUGAGCGUCAGAUCGACGAGAUUGAUGAACAGAUCGAGUGUUACAAAAGGGUGGAACUGCUGAGGGACAAGCGGGAUGUGUUGAAAAGUAAACCAGCGCCAAGAAAGGAUGAAGAAAUGGAGACUGAUAAUAACAAUGAGGAGGAGGAGGAAGGAGAAGAAGAUGAAGAGGGGUUGCUGGGGCUUUUGUCCCGAGACUGGAGGGCUAAAGGGGCUCUGGCUUAGAGUUCUUCAUGUAAAACCUGGUUUUGUUAAGAUUGUUGAUAAAUUUGCUCUCAAACAUGAAAUUUGUACAUAGUUUUGUUAAAAGUCGCGGUCUUUUGUAAAUUUCAUAUUCAGUCAUGCAAAAGUACUUCAGUAAAAGUGCUACACAAAAUCAAAGCUUCUGAAUGUAUCCUUUAAAAACAUAAGAAACUCAA